AUGAAUGAUAAACCAAUCUGUCCUGACAGUGUUGACUGUGAGGUCAUAGAAGAAAAUCAUUUUAAACAAUUGUCUCAUCCACAUUUGGACGAGGUGUUGAAAGGACGACUAGAAGAAGACGUAACUUUCCAUUAUGUUUUGCAAUUUAAACCAAAAGUUAGAUUUUUGAGAUAUGAUCAAUUGGUUGUUCUUCAAAAAGUACUUCUUGAAGAGAAAGCAGCUUCUGAGCGUAAACAAUUGACAAUAACAACACAACAUUUAAAUACUGAAAAUAAAAUUAAUAAUCAAGUAAAACCAACAAGUUCACAAAAUGUUGGUACAUUGCCAAAGGUACUUUAUAGAGAUAUUAGAACUCUAAAUGUCAAUAAAACAAUUGUAGAAAAAAAUUUAGCUGCAAUGGUCAAUCCAACUACAUCUUCAGUGCAACAAAAUUCAACUGUCAAUAAUAAUUUAGUGACAAAGCAACAUGUUAAAACUCCAGUUGUAAAUAAUAAUGCAACCACAAUGCAACAAAUUUCAACUGUCAAUAACAAUUUAGGGUCAAAGUUAAAUUUUAAAACUUUAGUUGCAAAUACAACUGCAUCAUCAAUGCCACAACAUGUAACUUACACAAAAUAUUUAGUUACAAUGCCACCUGCUAAAACUCCAGUUACAAGUACAAUUACAUCUCAAAUGCAACAAAAUUCAACUUUAAAUAAUAAUUUAGUGACAAAUCAACAUGUUAAAAGACCAGUUGCAAAUAAUAAUACAUCUCCAAUGCAACAAAAUUCAACUAUCAAUAAAACUUUAGUUACAAAGCCACAUGGUAAUACUUUAGUUGUAAUUACAACUGCAUCUCCAAUGCCACAACCACAACAUGCAACUUACGUAACAAAUUCAGUUACAAAGCCACAUGUUAAUACUCAAGUUGUAAGUACAGCUCCAUCUUCAAUGCCACAACAUGUAACUUAUAUAAAAACUUUAGUUACAAAGCCACAUGGUAAUACUCUAGUUGUAAUUACAACUGCAUCUCCAAUGCCACAACCACAACAUGUAACUUACGUAACAAAUUCAAUUACAAAGCCACAUAUUAAUACUCAAGUUGUAAGUACACCUUCAUCUCCAAUGACACAACGUGUAACUUACGUAACAAAUCCAGUUACAAAGCCACAUGUUAAUACUCAAGUUGUAAGUACAACUCCAUCUUCAAUGCCACAACAUGUAACUUAUACAAAAACUUUAGUUACAAAGCCACAUGUUAAUACGCCAGCUGGAAUGAGAACAAUUAAAUUGAACAAUCAAAAUUUCAUUACAAAUAAUUCAACAAAUUCAACUGGAAAUAUAAAACCAAUUGUUUUUACUACAGGUGUAAAUAAUAAUUUGACAAAAGUUUCAAGCUACAAAGUGACACAAAAUAAUACUCCAACUCCAAGUGUUUCAGAAUUAUCAAAACAUUCAAAUGCUAUUGUUUUAAAAAAUAAUACACCUGUUACGAUGAAUCAAUCUAAAAUUAACAAUAAACCAACGUUACAAGGAAAUAAAAUUCAAACCAAACCAUCAAAUACUCAAGUAUCCAAAUUUGUCAAUAAUACUGCUACUUUACCAAUUAAACAAUUGAUUGUUCAUCAGCCAACAAAUAAAAAUAAUCAAAAACUUACAGUUCUAUCCUCAAAAUCAAGAAUAAGCAAUGAUUCAACAUCGUACAAGACUCCAGUUAAUUCAUCAGCUCAACAAAUUUAUAUUUCUAAUCAAAACACGAUGUACAAACUAACACCACAAAUGUCGACAAGUAAAGUUAACAAAAAAUCACUUGGUUCUCCAAUAACAACAACAAUUAAUUCAACAUCUUACAAUACUCCAGUUAAUUCAUCAAUUAAACGAGCAAGACCAACAACUUCCACAACAACAACAAGUAAAGUUGUUAAGAAACCACUUAAUUCUCCAAUAACAACAACAACUGAUUCAACAUCUUACAACACUCCAGUUAAUUCAUUAAACAAUCAACCAAUACCAUCAACUUCAUCCUUGACUUAUGAACCAUAUUAUUUUUUUUAUUCAUCAAUUUAUAAUAAUAAAAAUACUUGGAAUAAAAAAAACACAAUAACAUUUCCAGAAAUACUUGAUUCAAGUCUUGGACAAAUACAAUCAAGUUUUCAUAUAACAUCAUUGUUAAAUACAAAAUGGUUAAGACAACAGUAUCUUUUAGCUGCUCAAAAAAAUGAUUGUUUUAUUAUUUACGAUGAAAUUGAUAAUUACGAUGAAAUACCAAAUAAUAUAAAGACUCUAAAAAUUAAAUUACCAAUUGGUAAACAUAAUUCAAAAAUAUCUAUAUUAAAUUAUGAUAAUGGAGCAAGAAUUGUCAUGCUGACUGGUAGUCUUAAUCCACAUGAUUGGUUGAAUAAUUCACAGGGUGUUUGGAUAUCACCAAACUUGCCAUAUUUACCAGCAGGAACAAAUCCAUCAAUUGCUAAAAUUGAAAAUGAAUAUACAAUUUGUCCAGUUAUUGCUCAAACAUCUGUUGCUAAUAAUUUAAAGUCAAUUGAAAGUGACUGGUUUCAUCAAGAAAUCAUUCCAAAAUUAACAAAUGAUAAAAUAAUGACAGAGAUAAUAACACCAACACCAUUAUUUAAAUUUAUUUAUCCAACAAUAAAUAAUUAUAAAAAUUUUGAUGAUAAACAAGAAUGGCUAAAGGCUUAUAUGUAUCAGUGGAUAUCAAUUGAUAAACAAGCAAAUGAUGCUAUGCCAAGUAUUAAUUCUUACACAAAAUUAUUAUCAGGAUUUAAAGAAAUUCCAUGGUUCAUUUUAACAAGUCAUAAUUUGAGCAAAGGUGCCUGGGGUUAUUGUAAAAAUCCUAAUGAUAGUACAACGACAAUUUUAAAUUACGAAGCUGGUAUUAUUUUCUUUCCAAAAUUUUUGAUUUCAAAAGACACAUUCCCACUUGUUGAACCAAAUGAAUAUGGAACACCAGCAUUUACAUUGCCAUAUGAACUUCCUCUUACACCAUAUGGGCCUGAUGAUAAGCCAUAUGUCACUGAUUACAUUAGUACUAUUGGAAAGUAAAUACUUGGGUAUUUAAUUAUUAUAAAAAGAUAGUGUAAUUAUUGACAAAU